AUGCUGCGCACCGUAGUAAAGAGCGCCCAGCAGCUCCUGCGCCUCUGGGGUCCCCUUCCAGCCCGUGGCUGCGCCUCCCAUGCAACGGAAGUGGACCGCGAAAUCCAAGUGCGCGCCCUGGAGGGGCCCGACCAAGGAAUCACUGAGAUUCUGAUGAACAGACCAAUAGCCCGAAAUGCCCUGGGGAAUGUCUUUGUCAGCGAGCUACUAGAAGCUCUGGCCCAGCUCCGGGAGGACCAACAAAUACGUGUCCUGCUCUUCAGAAGUGGAGUGAAGGGUGUGUUCUGUGCAGGUGCAGACCUGAAGGAGCGGGAGCAGAUGAGUGAGGCAGAGGUGGGGGUCUUUGUCCAGCGGCUCCGAGGCCUGAUGAAUGAGAUUGCAGACUUUCCUGCACCCACCAUUGCAGCUAUGGAUGGUUUUGCCUUGGGUGGAGGCCUGGAACUCGCCUUGGCCUGUGACCUUCGAGUGGCAGCUUCCUCGGCCAUGAUGGGACUGAUCGAGACCACCCGAGGGCUCCUCCCAGGAGCAGGAGGGACUCAGAGACUGCCUCGAUGCCUGGGGGUGGCCCUGGCAAAGGAGCUCAUCUUCACGGGCCGAAGACUGAGUGGGGUACAAGCCCAGGCACUGGGGCUGGUGAACCAUGCUGUGCCCCAGAAUGAGGAGGGCAACGCCGCCUACCACCGGGCACGAGCACUGGCUCAGGAGAUCCUGCCCCAGGCCCCUAUUGCUGUGAGGCUUGGCAAAGUAGCAAUUAACCGCGGAAUAGAGGUGGACAUUGCCUCAGGGAUGGUCAUCGAAGGGAUAUGCUAUGCUCAGAACAUCCCCACCCAGGACCGGUUGGAGGGCAUGGCAGCCUUCAGGGAGAAGCGGCCUCCCAAAUUUGUUGGCAAGUGACUCCCAUUUAACCUCAGGCACAAGAGUCUGGGUCUUAAAGGCCAGGAUUUAGAAGGGAAAUUAACAGUGUGACUAUCCUCAUCAUAACACUUCUUUGGGUUUUAAUUCCUCAAAAGGAUAAUGAUGAACAUACUGAUUAGCAUGGUGCCUAAUAUUAGAAUGCUGAUUUUUGUCACCCACUACUACCUUCAUUACUCCUCACCCUGGCCCCAGAUAAUCCCUAGGGUUGGGUUGGCUCUGCUUUGGAGAAUAUAGGUUUGUUCCCAUUUGAAUAAUAAACUAAGGAUUAAAACCAUCCCCUACUGUGGGGACUGCAAACUGUUGGUUCUCAUACUUGGUGGUUGUCAGUGCUCACCAGAGAUGGCAAAAUGUUAUAAACCACACCAGCUUUCCUUCUUUUCUGAGCCCAUGCUUAGCCUAUGUCACUAAAUCAUGGG